AUGUCUGGGAGUGUGGUGAAAAGGAAGUCCGUGAAGUCCCGGAGCCGCAGCCCUGGAUACUCGAGACACUCAUCUCACAGCAAAAAGCAGAGGUCUGGGUCCCGCAGCCGCCACUCCAGCAUCUCCCCCACGAGGCUCCCGCUGAACUCCAGCCUGGGAGCAGAGCUCAGCAGGAAGAAGAAGGAGCGAGCGGCCGCGGCAGCAGCUGCGGCCAAGGUGGACGGGAAGGAGGCGAAGGGCUCCCCGGUGUUCCUGGCCAGGAAGGAGAACAGCCUGUUGCCUCCGUCUCCCGCCGUCCCGCCUUUGCCUCCAGCCCAAGUGACUCCUGUCCAGGCCCCUCCUCCAGCCCCAACGUCUUUGCCAUCCUCCUCCCACCCAAGGACGUCUACUUUAUCCUCUCAGGUGAACUCCCAGUCCUCUGUGCAGGUGGCUACAAAAACCCAAGUGUCUGUGACGGCUGCUAUCCCACACCUGAAAACUUCCACCUUGCCUCCGCUUCCGCUGCCCCCUAUUUUAGUUGGGGAAGAUGACUUGGAUAGUCCAAAGGAGAUUCUUCCUCCGAAACCUGUGAAGAAGGACAGAGAGCAGAGACCACGCCACUUACUCACGGACCUCCCGCUCCCCCCGGAGCUCCCCGGGGGGGACCCAUCUCCUCCCGACUCCCCAGAACCAAAGGCAGCCACACCACCUCAGCAACCCUUCAAAAAGAGACCAAAAAUCUGUUGUCCUCGGUAUGGGGAGAGGAGACAGACGGAAAGCGACUGGGGGAAGCGCUGUGUGGACAAGUUUGACAUCAUUGGGAUUAUCGGAGAGGGGACCUAUGGGCAGGUCUACAAAGCCAAGGACAAGGACACAGGUGAGCUGGUGGCCCUGAAGAAGGUGCGCCUGGACAACGAGAAGGAGGGAUUUCCCAUCACGGCCAUCCGGGAGAUCAAAAUCCUGCGGCAGCUCAUCCACCGCAGCGUCGUCAACAUGAAGGAGAUCGUCACGGACAAACAAGAUGCACUGGAUUUCAAGAAGGACAAAGGUGCCUUUUACCUUGUGUUUGAGUACAUGGACCAUGACCUAAUGGGGCUGCUAGAAUCUGGCUUGGUACAUUUCUCAGAGGACCAUAUCAAGUCUUUCAUGAAACAGUUAAUGGAGGGUCUGGACUAUUGUCACAAAAAGAACUUCCUUCAUCGAGACAUUAAGUGCUCCAACAUCUUACUGAACAACAGUGGGCAAAUCAAACUCGCAGAUUUUGGACUCGCCCGACUCUACAGCUCGGAGGAGAGCCGGCCCUACACCAACAAAGUGAUCACCUUGUGGUACCGACCCCCGGAGCUGCUGCUGGGGGAGGAGCGUUACACCCCUGCCAUCGACGUGUGGAGCUGUGGCUGUAUCCUCGGGGAACUGUUUACAAAGAAGCCUAUUUUUCAAGCCAAUCUGGAACUGGCUCAGCUUGAAUUAAUCAGCCGGCUCUGUGGGAGCCCCUGCCCAGCUGUGUGGCCAGAUGUGAUCAAGCUGCCCUACUUCAACACUAUGAAGCCCAAGAAGCAAUACCGCCGGCGCCUGCGCGAGGAGUUCUCCUUCAUUCCCUCGUCUGCUCUGGACCUGCUGGACCACAUGCUGACUCUGGACCCUGGCAAACGCUGCACAGCAGAGCAGGCCCUGCACAGUGACUUCCUGAAGGACGUUGACCUCAGCAAAAUGGCACCUCCAGACCUCCCCCACUGGCAGGAUUGCCACGAGCUGUGGAGCAAGAAGCGCCGGCGGCAGCGGCAGAGCGGGAUGGCCGUGGAGGAGCCUCCGGUGGCAAAAGUUUCUCGGAAAGAAACUACCUCUGUUACAAGCACAGACACUGUGAAAAACAACAGCAGUCCUGUGCCCCCCCAGCCUGCCCAGCUCAAAGCAGAGCCUGGGGCUGCAGAUGCAGUAGGCCUCGGGGACAUCACGCAGCAGCUGAACCAGAGCGAGCUGGCCGUGCUCCUGAACCUGCUGCAGAGCCAGACCGACCUGAGCGUGCCGCAGAUGGCCCAGCUCCUGAACGUGCACUCGAACCCCGAGAUGCAGCAGCAGCUGGAGGCCCUCAACCAGUCCAUCACGGCGCUGACCGAGGCCACGGCGCAGCACCACGAGCACCACGAGCCGCCGGCGGCGCCGCCAGAGGAAGCCAUAGAGGAGCCCCCUCCGGAGGUGCCGGAGGAGCAGCAGACUCCGGACGCAGCCAGCGCUCAGGGAGACAUGCAGAACGUGCUGGCGGUUCUGCUGAGUCAGCUCAUGAAGAGCCAGGAGCCCGGGAUCCCGUCCCUGGAGGAGAGCAACGGGGAGAAGAGCAGCGAGCAGCGGGCGCCCCGGAAAACCCCGACGAGGCACCCGGAGGAGAGCUCAGCCACAGCCUGUGACGACCUCACCCAGUUGUAGAAGCGCCUCCUGGGUUUGUCUCAGACUCUCCGGGGAGCCUGUUUUGGCCCGAUCCCACCUCCUGCAAUGUAGCUGAACGUGCUGUGUUCUCGUGCCUUCAACACCCGCCCACCACGAGCCAGUUGUGAUCGUGCUUUUUAUUUUUUUUAUUUUUAUUUUUUUUUUUUCUGUUGUUGUUGCCCUAGUCCUGGAAGAUAACUAGGUUACUGUAGAGCAGAUGGAAUUCCAUGCCGUUGUUCUCUGUUGAUAACUCUUUUGGAAUGAAUUGCUGUCCCCAAAUCAGCUUGGCUUUACAAAUUUACCUGAAGAUUGUUUGUUGGGUUUUUUUUUUUUUCUUUUGUUUUGUUUUUUUUUUUUCCUCCUGGAUUUCAAUACAAUCUAGUUUUCAAAGUGGACUGAUGGAUACGGGUGGAGGGGUGGUCCUGGAAGACUACUGGUUUUCACAAUAAAGUUUGACCUUUUUAAUAACCA